UGUAUCUUGUCUACCCCUCACCUCCCGCCCCCAACCCUGAUGUAAAGUCUGUGAGGGAUUUUGCCUGAUGUGUUUUAUGGCUAUAUCCCCAGCGACUAAAAUUGGGCCGAGCACACAUUAGGUGUUCAGCAUUUAUUGAAAGAGUGAGUGAAGCACCCACGGACUGACCAUCAGAGGGCGGCAGAGAAAUUCGAUAGAGGCGGAAAUGAAAAUGUUUUACCGAAGUUUCAGGUACUGUUCCGCGAGGUUUGAACUCGCUCGACCACCGUAGUGCUGAGGCCGGAAAAGUGCGAGGGCUUCCGGCCUCUGCGGUCGGCCAAGAAGGUUUUGGGCUGUCUGAAACUGAACCCCAAGGUUCUAAGCCAGCACCCUUGCUGAGCUAAGGCUCCAGCCCAGGACUGAAGGCCUCCAGGCCUCCGCGCCGGGCCCGGCAGCCAGCCCAGCUGCUCGAGCCACUUCAAGGCCGGGAACAGGGAGCGUGGGUCGCCAUGACUGCACCGGCCGGGCUAGAGCGCUGGGUGCAAGACGAGCUGCACUCGGUGCUGGGGCUGAGCGAGCGGCACGUGGCCCAGUUCCUGAUCGGUACCGCGCAGCGCUGCGCCUCAGCCGAGGAGUUCGUGCAGCGCCUGAGAGACACUGAUACCCUGGACCUCAGCGGGCCGGCCCGGGACUUCGCCCUGAGACUCUGGAACAAGGUACCACGGAAGACAGUGGUAGAAAAGCCAGCUCGGGCAGCUGAGCGAGAGGCCAGAGCACUCCUGGAGAAGAACCGAUCCUACAAGUUGCUGGAAGACAGUGAGGAGACUGUAGGUAAGGCUGGAAGCAGUCUCCAGAAGAAGCGUAAAAAACGGAAACACCUCAGGAAGAAACGUCAGGAGGAGGAGGAAGAAGAGGAGGAAGAGGUUUCUGAGAAAAGGAAGAGAAAGAAAGAGGGGAGUAAACAGCAGGCAGAGGAGCCAGAGUCAGAGGAUGAGUGGGAGCGGACAGAGCGCGAGCGCCUGCAGGACUUGGAGGAACGUGAUGCCUUCGCCGAGAGGGUUCGGCAGCGGGACAAGGACCGAACUCGCAAUGUCCUGGAGCGGUCAGACAAGAAGGCUUAUGAAGAGGCUCAGAAGCGCCUUAAGAUGGCUGAGGAAGACCGGAAAGCUAUGGUCCCUGAGCUGCGGAAGAAAUCCCGCCGAGAAUACCUGGCUAAGCGAGAGCGAGAGAAGCUUGAGGACCUGGAGGCCGAGCUGGCUGAUGAGGAGUUCCUUUUUGGGGAUGUAGAGCUGAGCCGGCAUGAGCGGCGGGAGCUCAAAUACAAGCGGCGAGUGCGGGAUCUGGCUCGGGAGUACCGGGCAGCAGGAGAGCAGGAGAAGCUGGAGGUGACCAAUCGCUACCACAUGCCUGAGGAGACCCGAGGACAGCCAGCACGAGCUGUGGAUAUCGUGGAGGAAGAAUCCGGCGCCCCUGGGGAGGAGCAGCGGCGCUGGGAGGAGGCCCGGCUGGGGGCAGCAUCCCUGAAGUUUGGGGCCCGAGAUGCUGCCGCCCAAGAGCCCAAAUAUCAACUGGUUCUGGAGGAGGAUGAGACCAUUGAGUUUGUCCGAGCCACUCAGCUCCAAGGCAAUGAGGAGCCAUCAGCAUCACCUGCACCAACCCAGGCUCAGCAGAAGGAGUCCAUCCAGGCCGUCCGCCGCAGCCUCCCUGUAUUCCCGUUUCGCGAGGAGCUCCUGGCUGCUAUUGCCAGUCAUCAGGUCCUCAUCAUUGAAGGCGAGACAGGCUCAGGGAAAACCACCCAAAUCCCGCAAUACCUAUUCGAGGAGGGUUACACAAAAAAGGGUAUGAAGAUUGCCUGCACCCAGCCCCGGAGAGUGGCAGCCAUGAGUGUGGCUGCCCGAGUGGCCAGGGAGAUGGGUGUGAAGCUUGGGAAUGAGGUUGGCUACAGCAUACGCUUUGAGGACUGCACAUCAGAGCGAACUGUCCUCCGCUAUAUGACAGAUGGGAUGCUUCUCCGGGAGUUCCUCUCUGAGCCUGACCUUGCAAGUUACAGCGUGGUGAUGGUAGAUGAGGCUCACGAACGGACCCUACACACAGACAUUCUCUUUGGGUUGAUCAAGGAUGUUGCCCGUUUUCGGCCUGAACUCAAGGUCCUGGUGGCUUCAGCCACACUGGACACAGCCCGUUUUUCUACCUUCUUUGAUGAUGCCCCUGUCUUCCGAAUCCCUGGACGCAGGUUUCCGGUUGACAUCUUCUAUACCAAGGCUCCAGAGGCUGAUUACCUGGAGGCCUGUGUAGUGUCUGUGCUGCAAAUCCAUGUGACCCAGCCCCCCGGGGAUAUCCUGGUGUUCCUGACAGGACAAGAGGAGAUCGAAGCUGCCUGUGAGAUGCUCCAGGAUCGCUGCCGCCGCCUGGGCUCCAAAAUCCGGGAGCUCUUGGUGCUACCCAUUUAUGCCAACCUCCCUUCUGACAUGCAGGCUCGGAUCUUCCAGCCCACACCCCCUGGGGCACGAAAGGUGGUUGUAGCAACAAACAUCGCUGAGACAUCGCUCACCAUUGAGGGCAUCAUUUAUGUGCUGGAUCCAGGGUUCUGUAAGCAGAAGAGUUACAACCCCCGAACGGGCAUGGAAUCACUCACUGUCACACCCUGCAGCAAGGCCUCAGCCAACCAGCGGGCUGGUCGGGCAGGUCGGGUGGCUGCAGGGAAGUGCUUCCGCUUGUAUACCGCCUGGGCCUAUCAGCAUGAGCUGGAGGAAACCACAGUGCCUGAGAUCCAGAGGACCAGCCUGGGCAAUGUUGUGUUGCUGCUCAAGAGUUUAGGGAUUCAUGACCUGAUGCACUUUGAUUUCCUGGACCCUCCACCAUAUGAGACCCUGCUGCUGGCUUUGGAGCAGCUCUACGCUCUGGGAGCCCUCAACCACCUUGGCGAGCUCACCACGUCUGGCCGAAAGAUGGCAGAGCUGCCGGUGGACCCCAUGCUAUCUAAAAUGAUCUUGGCCUCUGAGAAGUACAGCUGUUCAGAGGAGAUCCUGACAGUGGCUGCCAUGCUCUCUGUCAACAACUCUAUCUUCUACAGACCUAAAGAUAAGGUCGUCCAUGCCGACAAUGCCCGUGUCAACUUUUUUCUCCCUGGCGGGGACCACCUGGUUCUGCUAAAUGUUUAUACACAGUGGGUCGAGAGUGGUUAUUCUUCCCAGUGGUGCUAUGAGAACUUUGUUCAGUUCAGAUCAAUGCGCCGAGCCCGGGAUGUGCGGGAACAGCUGGAGGGGCUCCUGGAACGUGUGGAAGUUGGCCUCAGCUCCUGCCAGGGGGACUAUGUCCGAGUUCGCAAGGCCAUCACUGCCGGUUACUUUUACCACACAGCACGCUUGACUCGUAGUGGCUAUCGCACAGUGAAACAGCAACAGACGGUCUUCAUUCAUCCCAACUCCUCUCUCUUUGAGGAACAGCCACGCUGGCUGCUCUACCAUGAACUUGUCUUGACCACCAAGGAGUUCAUGAGACAGGUACUGGAGAUUGAGAGCAGUUGGCUUCUGGAGGUGGCACCCCAUUAUUAUAAGGCCAAGGAGCUAGAAGAUCCCCAUGCAAAGAAAAUGCCCAAAAAAAUAGGCAAGACACGAGAAGAGCUAGGGUAGAGAGGACAUAGAACCCAACACCAGCUCCUUUUCCUUCUGGACAUUAUUUAAUAUCCAUUAAUAAAACAUUUUUGGAAUAAUG